AUGCCCCAUGGGAGGUUUCAGGAAGGUGAAGAACUGAUGAUGAAGAGGAAGAGAUGGGACACAUCAGUGCAGAUGUUGCUAUUGGAGCGGCACCAAGCUGCAACAAGCUGCACCAAGCGCCACCAAGAGGCACCAGGCUGCACCAAGCUGCAACAAGCUGCACCAAGCUGCAACAAGCUGCACCAAGCGCCACCAAGAGGCACCAGGCUGCACCAAGCUGCAACAAGCUGCACCAAGCUGCAACAAGCUGCACCAAGUGGCAUUAAGUGGCACCAAGUGCCACCAAGCGGCACCAAGCUGCACCAAGCGGCGUUAAGUUGCACCAAGUGCCACCAAGUGCCACCAAGCGGCACCAAGUGCCACCAAGCUGCAACAAGCUGCACAAAGCGGUAUUAUGCUGCACCAAGCAGCACCAAGCUGCAACAAGCUUCACCAAGCACCACCAAGCGCCACCAAGUGCCACCAAGCACCACCAAACUGCAAAAAGCUGCACCAAGUGCCACCAAGCACCACCAGGCUGCACCAAGCGGCACCAAGCUUCACCAAGCGCCACCAAGCGCCAACAAGCUGCACCAAGCGCCACCAAGUGCCACCAAGCUGCACCAAGCGGCAUCAAGCGGCAUCAAGCUGCACCAAGCGGCACCAAGCGGCAUCAAGCUGCACCAAGCGGCAUCAAGCUGCACCAAGCGGCACCAAGCUGCACCAAGCGGCAUAAAGCUGCACCAAGCGCCACCAAGCGCCACCAAGCACCACCAAGUGCCACCAAGUGCCAACAAGCUGCACCAAGCAGCACCAAGCGGCACCAAGCGCGGCACCAAGCGGCAUCAAGCUGCACCAAGCGGCACCAAGCUUCACCAAGCACCACCAAGCACCACCAAGUGCCACCAAGCGCCACCAAGCGCCACCAAACUGCAAAAAGCUGCAACAAGUGCCACCAAGCACCACCAGGCUGCACCAAGCUGCACCAAGCUUCACCAAGCGCCACCAAGUGCUACCAAGCGCCAACAAGCUGCACCAAGGGCCACCAAGCGCCACCAAGCGCCACCAAGUGCCACCAAGCGCCAACAAGCUGCACCAAGCGGCAUCAAGCUGCACCAAGCUGCACCAAGCUGCACCAAGCAGCACCAAGCUGCACAAAGCGGCAUCAAGCUGCACCAAGCUGCACCAAGCUGCACCAAGCAGCACCAAGCUGCACUAAGCGGCAUCAAGCUGCACCAAGCUGCACCAAGCGGCACCAAGCGGCAUCAAGCUGCACCAAGCUUCACCAAGCGGCACCAAGUGCCACCAAGUGCCACCAAGCUGCACCAAGCAGCACCAAGUGGCACCAACUGCACCAAGCGCCACCAAGCUGCACCAAACUUCACCAAGCGGCACCAAGCGCCACCAAGUGCCACCAAGCGGCACCAAGUGCCACCAAGUGCCAACAAGCUGCACCAAGCAGCACCAAGCGGCACCAAGUGCCACCAAGCGCCAACAAGCUGCACCAAGCUGCACCAAGCUGCACCAAGCUGCACCAAGCGGUAUUAUGCUGCACCGAGCAGCACCAAGCUGCAACAAGCUUCACCAAGCACCACCAAGCGCCACCAAGUGCCACCAAGCACCACCAAACUGCAAAAAGCUGCACCAAGUGCCACCAAGCACCACCAGGCUGCAUCAAGCGGCACCAAGCUUCACCAAGCGCCACCAAGCGCCAACAAGCUGCACCAAGCGCCACCAAGUGCCACCAAGCUGCACCAAGCGGCAUCAAGCGGCAUCAAGCUGCACCAAGCGGCACCAAGCGGCAUCAAGCUGCACCAAGCGGCAUCAAGCUGCACCAAGCGGCACCAAGCGGCACCAAGCUGCACCAAGCGGCAUAAAGCACCACCAAGCGCCACCAAGCGCCACCAAGCACCACCAAGUGCCACCAAGUGCCAACAAGCUGCACCAAGCAGCACCAAGCGGCAUCAAGCGGCACCAAGCGGCACCAAGCUGCACCAAGCUCUGCACCAAGCGGCACCAAGCGGCAUCAAGCUGCACCAAGCGGCACCAAGCUUCACCAAGCACCACCAAGCACCACCAAGUGCCACCAAGCGCCACCAAGCGCCACCAAACUGCAAAAAGCUGCAACAAGUGCCACCAAGCACCACCAGGCUGCACCAAGCUGCACCAAGCUUCACCAAGCGCCACCAAGUGCUACCAAGCGCCAACAAGCUGCACCAAGGGCCACCAAGCGCCACCAAGCGCCACCAAGUGCCACCAAGCGCCAACAAGCUGCACCAAGCGGCAUCAAGCUGCACCAAGCUGCACCAAGCUGCACCAAGCAGCACCAAGCUGCACAAAGCGGCAUCAAGCUGCACCAAGCUGCACCAAGCAGCACCAAGCUGCACUAAGCGGCAUCAAGCUGCACCAAGCGGCACCAAGCGGCAUCAAGCUGCACCAAGCUUCACCAAGCGGCACCAAGUGCCACCAAGUGCCACCAAGCUGCACCAAGCAGCACCAAGUGGCACCAAGUGCCACCAAGUGCCAACAAGCUGCACCAAGCAGCACCAAGCGGCACCAAGUGCCACCAAGCGCCAACAAGCUGCACCAAGCUGCACCAAGCGCCACCAAGCUGCACCAAACUUCACCAAGCGGCACCAAGCGCCACCAAGUGCCACCAAGCGGCACCAAGUGCCACCAAGUGCCAACAAGCUGCACCAAGCAGCACCAAGCGGCACCAAGUGCCACCAAGCGCCAACAAGCUGCACCAAGCUGCACCAAGCUUCACCAAGCUGCACCAAGCGGUAUUAUGCUGCACCAAGCAGCACCAAGCUGCAACAAGCUUCACCAAGCACCACCAAGCGCCACCAAGUGCCACCAAGCACCACCAAACUGCAAAAAGCUGCACCAAGUGCCACCAAGCACCACCAGGCUGCACCAAGCGGCACCAAGCUUCACCAAGCGCCACCAAGCGCCAACAAGCUGCACCAAGCGCCACCAAGUGCCACCAAGCUGCACCAAGCGGCAUCAAGCGGCAUCAAGCUGCACCAAGCGGCACCAAGCGGCAUCAAGCUGCACCAAGCGGCAUCAAGCUGCACCAAGCGGCACCAAGCGGCACCAAGCUGCACCAAGCGGCAUAAAGCUGCACCAAGCGCCACCAAGCGCCACCAAGCACCACCAAGUGCCACCAAGUGCCAACAAGCUGCACCAAGCAGCACCAAGCGGCAUCAAGCGGCACCAAGCGGCACCAAGCUGCACCAAGCUCACCACCAAGCACCACCAAGUGCCACCAAGCGCCACCAAGCGCCACCAAGCGCCACCAAACUGCAAAAAGCUGCAACAAGUGCCACCAAGCACCACCAGGCUGCACCAAGCUGCACCAAGCUUCACCAAGCGCCACCAAGUGCUACCAAGCGCCAACAAGCUGCACCAAGGGCCACCAAGCGCCACCAAGCGCCACCAAGUGCCACCAAGCGCCAACAAGCUGCACCAAGCGGCAUCAAGCUGCACCAAGCUGCACCAAGCUGCACCAAGCAGCACCAAGCUGCACAAAGCGGCAUCAAGCUGCACCAAGCUGCACCAAGCUGCACCAAGCAGCACCAAGCUGCACUAAGCGGCAUCAAGCUGCACCAAGCGGCACCAAGCGGCAUCAAGCUGCACCAAGCUUCACCAAGCGGCACCAAGUGCCACCAAGUGCCACCAAGCUGCACCAAGCAGCACCAAGUGGCACCAAGUGCCACCAAGUGCCAACAAGCUGCACCAAGCAGCACCAAGCGGCACCAAGUGCCACCAAGCGCCAACAAGCUGCACCAAGCUGCACCAAGCUGCACCAAGCGCCACCAAGCGCCACCAAGCUGCACCAAACUUCACCAAGCGCCACCAAGCGCCACCAAGUGCCACCAAGCGGCACCAAGUGCCACCAAGUGCCAACAAGCUGCACCAAGCAGCACCAAGCGGCACCAAUGUGUCCUGUAUGUCCAGUAA